AUGAUGGAGGCGCGAGGGGCCCGCGGCACCCUCGCCAAUGCCCUGCGGGUGCUCUGCGUCUUCGGCUGCCUGUUGGGCCGCGCCGCUGCACCGCCGUCGCCUAUCAUCAAGUUUCCCGGCGACGUCGCCCCCAAAACCGACAAAGAGUUAGCUGUGCAAUACCUGAACACCUUCUACGGCUGCCCCAAGAAGAGCUGCAACCUGUUUGUGCUGAAGGACACCCUGAAAAAGAUGCAGAAGUUCUUUGGACUGCCCCAGACAGGUGACCUGGACCAGCGCACCAUUGAGACCAUGCGGAAGCCACGCUGCGGCAACCCCGAUGUGGCCAACUACAACUUCUUCCCCCGCAAGCCCAAGUGGGACAAAAACCAGAUCUCAUACAGGAUCAUUGGCUACACGCCUGAUUUGGACCCCGAAACGGUGGAUAGUGCCUUUGCUCGAGCCUUCCAGGUCUGGAGUGACGUGACCCCACUGCGCUUUUCUCGAAUCCACGAUGGAGAAGCUGACAUCAUGAUUAACUUUGGCCGUUGGGAGCAUGGAGAUGGGUACCCCUUUGAUGGCAAGGACGGACUCCUGGCGCAUGCCUUUGCCCCAGGACCUGGAGUUGGGGGCGACUCCCACUUUGAUGAUGAUGAACUGUGGACCUUGGGAGAAGGACAAGUGGUCCGUGUGAAGUAUGGGAAUGCUGACGGGGAGUACUGCAAGUUCCCGUUCCUGUUCAAUGGGAAGGAGUACACCAGCUGCACCGACACCGGCCGCAGUGAUGGCUUCCUCUGGUGUUCCACCACCUACAACUUCGAUAAGGACGGCAAAUACGGCUUCUGCCCUCACGAAGCCCUGUUAACCAUGGGCGGAAACUCAGACGGACAACCCUGCAAGUUCCCGUUCCGCUUCCAGGGGACAUCCUACGACAGCUGCACCACUGAAGGGCGCACCGAUGGUUACCGCUGGUGCGGUACCACGGAGGACUACGACCGUGACAAGAAGUAUGGCUUCUGUCCCGAGACCGCCAUGUCCACUGUUGGCGGGAACUCAGAAGGUGCCCCCUGUAUCUUCCCCUUCACUUUCCUGGGCAACAAGCACGAGAGCUGUACCAGCGCGGGCCGCAGUGACGGGAAGAUGUGGUGCUCGACCACCGGGAACUACGACGAUGACCGCAAGUGGGGCUUCUGCCCAGACCAGGGGUACAGUCUGUUCCUCGUGGCAGCCCAUGAGUUUGGCCACGCAAUGGGGCUGGAGCACUCGGAGGACCCCGGAGCCCUGAUGGCCCCCAUAUACACCUACACCAAGAACUUCCGCCUGUCCCACGAUGACAUCAAGGGCAUUCAAGAUCUCUAUGGGGGCUCUCCGGACACUGAUGCUGGCACUGGAACUGGCCCCACCCCCACACUGGGACCCGUCACUCCCGAGAUUUGCAAACAGGACAUUGUCUUUGAUGGCAUCGCUCAGAUCCGUGGGGAGAUCUUCUUCUUCAAGGACCGGUUCAUUUGGCGGACCGUGACACCACGUGACAAGCCCAUGGGGCCUCUGCUGGUGGCCACAUUCUGGCCUCAACUCCCGGAAAAGAUCGAUGCUGUAUACGAGGACCCACAGGAGGAGAAGACUGUGUUCUUUGCAGGGAAUGAAUACUGGAUCUAUUCCGCCAGCACCCUGGAGCGUGGGUACCCUAAGCCGCUGACCAGCCUAGGGCUGCCAUCUGACGUCCAACGAGUGGAUGCUGCCUUUAACUGGAGCAAGAAUAAGAAGACGUAUAUCUUUGCUGAUAACAAGUUCUGGAGAUACAAUGAAGUGAAGAAGAAGAUGGAUCCUGGCUUCCCUAAACUCAUCGCAGAUGCCUGGAACGCCAUCCCUGAUAAUCUGGACGCCGUUUUGGAUCUGCCAGGUGGAGGUCACAGCUACUUCUUCAAGGGAUCCUAUUACUUGAAGCUGGAGAACCAAAGUCUGAAGAGUGUCAAGUUUGGAAGCAUCAAGUCUGACUGGCUGGGCUGCUGAGCUGGCGGGUGGCUCCUGCAGGCC